AUGACCGAUAAAACCGAUCCCAAAACCCAAACCUCCACCCUUCACCCGGUUUAUACCGUAACAAACAUUCAACAUAAGGUGCGUGUACUUGACGGUGUUGAAGUCUCAUACCCCACGUGGGUUAAGCUUUUCACCCUCCACGCCGCCGGCUACGAGGUUCUCAACCACAUCGACGGCACGCCGUCACCCGAUAAAGAUUCACCAGAAUAUCCCUCUUGGAAGAAAAUUGACGUCGUCGUCUUACAGUGGAUAUACGACACACUCACGAAUGAGUACCUGGUUCGCGUUUUGGAAGAUGAAUCUACGGCUUAUGAGGCGUGGGUUCGGGUCAAAAACUUGUUUCUCAACAACAAGGCAUCCCGAGCCGCCGCCUUACAACUGGAACUCUCCAAUCUCACCUUGGCAUCUAUGCCUACCCUUGACGCCUACUGCCAGCGGGUUCGGGAUCUUACGGAUCAACUCGCCGCGGCUGAUUGUCCCCUUAAUAACACACAAAAGAUUCUGCAUCUGAUUAAGGGGCUGCCUCAUGAGUACGACACCACGACCUCCAUUCUCAACCAGGGUCUUCCUACUUGGGAAAAUGCGUGCAACCAACUUCACUCCGAGGCCCAACGUUCUGCGGCUCGUGAUUCUCUGUCUCCAACUCCCAUAGUUAAUGCCGCCGUCAGUUCUCCACAAGAAAAAUCCCGUGAACAACAGCCUUCCUCAAAUCGGGACCGUCACUCCUACAAUCGGGACUCUCAUCCUCGUCGUGAUUCCAAUCGGACGGGUCAAAACAAUCAGCGAGGACCCAGGCAGACAUCGAACCGGCCGUACCCAUUUCAUCAGCCACAGUAUGCUCCAUAUUGGCCUCCUCCACCUGACUAUCCACCCUACUGGGCACCGCCCCUUUCCCCCUAUCCGACGCAACCUUGGGCUUCCCCAGGUGACAACAGGCCCAACUCUCGGCCCUCCAAUAGCCAGGGUCCUUCCAGGUAG